AUGGCUGUAGCUUGCUUCACUGGAGAAUACCAUGGAAUUAAAGGACUCAUUACCUUUACUAAAAAAGGUCGUGGAGUCCAAGUUAAUGUUGAUAUUAGGUCUGGCUUGGACGAUACUACUGGAAAGUACCCUUAUCAUAUUCAUCAAUUUGCAAUAAAUUCUACUGGUUCCUGUGCUUCAACGGGUGGUCACUUUGAUCCUGCUGGUAAAUAUGGUGGCCUUAAAGGCUCACCAAGGGGUUGUGCUAAAGCAACGUAUAUCGACAAGUUCAUUGCUUUGAAAGAUAGCAGUAAAGCUAAAAAUGGAAUAAUUGGUCGCUCCAUUGUUAUUCACGCUCCUAAUUCGC